AUUUAUUUUAGGCUUGUUUAGUAAGUGUGACUUUUAUUGAUGUUGAGGUGCAUACAUUUUUAUCAGAAAGAAAAAUAAAAGUAGAAACGCGACCAGGAAAGAAAUCACAGUAUAGCUUAAUCGCGUAUGUCCAUGGAAGUCCUCCAGACGAACUCUUCAUGGCCGCGUUGAACGCAACCUAAAUCUUGAUUCUUGCGUGCUGCAAAAGCAUAGGUUAUGCGUUCGAGUGGUUAGUGGGCGGUUAUAAAAAUAAUUAUAAAAUAAAACUACUACGCACAAUUAUCUAUCGAAAAUCAAAGUUCUAUCGGAUUCAUCUUAAUGGACCCUUACAAAUAACAUCUCUCGGCGUGGUCAUUAGGCUAGGGUUGGUUGUCCUAUCGUAAGAAAUGGUGAACGUUCUACUUCGUGGAAUUCCAGAUUAAGGUUUCCUUUAACUUUAGUGUUUUGACAGAACGUGGGAGAAAAUAACUGCGAAGUAACCAAGAGCGCAGCGGACGAUGCCCGAAGAGAGAGCCGCCUGUUCCCCCGCAGCCGACAUGCCUUAGGGGUGCUUCUGGACUAACGCCAAGAGCUGCCUCGCCAUCUGGGACAGUGGCUGGAGACCAGGCCUGCAGCUUGUUGCUGAUAUGCGUUGAAGAUGAGUGGCGUGGGUGAAAAUACCUCUGACCCCGCCAGGGCGGAGUCCCGGAAGCGCAAAGAAUGUCCCUCAGAUCUCCUGGGACCCAGCCCUAAACGAAGCACUGAGAAACGAAACCGCGAGCAUGAAAAUAAAUACAUAGAAGAACUCGCCGAGUUGAUCUUCGCAAACUUCAACGAUAUUGACAACUUCAAUGUCAAGCCUGACAAAUGUGCAAUCUUAAAAGAAACUGUGAAACAGAUUCGUCAAAUAAAAGAGCAAGAGAAAGCCGCUGCAGCCAAUGAGGAGGAGGUGCAGAAGGCUGACGUCUCGUCCACAGGCCAAAGCGUGAUUGACAAAGAUGCCCUCGGACCGAUGAUGCUUGAGGCCUUGGACGGGUUCUUCUUCGUGGUGAACAUGGAGGGGAACAUCGUUUUCGUGUCGGAGAACGUGACGCAGUACCUGCGGUACAACCAGGAGGAGCUGAUGAACACCAGCGUGUACAGCGUCCUGCACGUGGGCGACCACGCCGAGUUCAUCAAGAACCUGCUGCCCAAGUCGCUGGUGAACGGGGUGCCCUGGUCCAGCGAGAACCCCCGGCGGAACAGCCACACGUUCAACUGCCGCAUGCUGGUGAACCCGCACGGCGAGGCGGACGAGGAGGCGCACGACCACGAGGCCCAGCAGAAGUACGAGACCAUGCAGUGCUUCGCCGUGUCAGAACCAAAGUCCAUCAAGGAAGAGGGAGAAGAUUUCCAGUCCUGUUUGAUCUGCGUGGCGCGGAGAGUUCCCAUGAAAGAGAGGCCCAUGCUCCCGGCCCACGAGAGCUUCACCACCCGGCAGGAUCUGCAAGGCAAGAUCACCUCGCUGGACACCAGCCUGCUGAGAGCCUCCAUGAAGCCAGGCUGGGAGGACCUGGUGCGGAGGUGCAUCCAGAGGUUCCACCUCCAGAACGACGGCGAAAUGUCCUUCGCCAAGAGGCAUCAGCAGGAAGUUCUGAGGCUGGGCCAAGCCUACAGCCCCAUCUACCGCUUCUCCCUGUCCGACGGCACCAUCGUGUCGGCCCACACCAAGAGCAAGCUGGUGCGGUCUCCGGCCACCAACGAGCCGCAGCUGUACAUGUCCCUGCACAUCCUGCAGAGGGAGCAGACGGUCGGCGGGAUGAACCAGGAAAUGGCCGGCCAGGCGAUGGGGAAGCCGCUGAACGCGGUCAUGUCGAUGACCCCGCCCACCCAGGGCGGCAUGCCCGCGGGGGUCCAGGGCCAGGACACGACCGUCAGCAGCAACACCAGCUUCCCUGCCGCGGCCGGCCCCAAGGAGCCGCCGGCGGGGGUGGGCCAGGCGCAGGGCUACAGGUUCGGGUGCCAGGGGCCCAUGAACCACGCCCCCGGCAUGCAGCCGGCCACUCCUCAGGGUAGCAACUAUGCACUCAAGAUGAACAGCCCGUCUCAGAGCGGCCCCGGCCAGCCGGGCUCCAUGCUGUCGCCGCGGCACCGCGUGAGCCCCGGCAUGGCCGGCAGCCCGCGGGUGCCCCCAGCCCAGUUCUCCCCGGCAGGAAGCCUGCACUCCCCCGCGGGGGGCAUGUGCGGCAGCACAGGAAACAGCCAUACUUACACCAGCAGCUCGCUCAACGCCCUCCAGGCCCUCAGCGAGUGCCACAGAGUCACCCUGGGCCCGUCCCUGGGCUCCCCCGACAGGAAGAUGAUGGGCUCCCCCGGGAACGUGGCGGCCAUGGCCAAGAUGAACAGCUCAACAGACUUCAAGGAGUCCCUGGGGCCCUACGGGGACCAGGCGGCCCCCGAGCAGGCCCAGGACGAGGCCUGCGGGGACCAGAAGGAGGACAAGGAGAACAGCCUGGGCCAGUUUGGCGGGGGGGACCCCGGUGAGGCCCAGAGCCGCCUCCACGACAGCAAGGGCCACACCAAGCUCCUGCAGCUGCUCACCACCAAGUCGGAGCAGAUGGAGCCGUCCUCGCCCGCGGCCGCCCCCGGGGGGGACCCCGGGUGCAAGGACCCGGCGGCGGCGGCGGCGGGCGGGGCGGCGCCCAACCAGGGCCCCGGUGGGGCCGGGAGCCAGGCCACGUCGCUGAAGGAGAAGCAUAAGAUCUUGCACAGACUGCUGCAGAACAGCACCUCCCCGGUGGACCUGGCCAAGCUGACCGCCGAAGCCACGGGGAAGGACCCGGCCCAGGACGCGCCGGGCGGCAUGACCGCCGUCGCCGAGCUGGCCGCCAAGCAGGAGCCCGCCAGCCCCAAAAAGAAGGACAACGCCCUGCUGCGCUACCUCCUGGACAAGGACGACACCAGCCUGCAGGACAAGGGCAUCAAGAUGGAGCCGGCGGAAAGCAAGAUUGACGGCUCGAAGCUGGCCACGGUGAAGACGGAGAAGCAGGACAGCGGCUACGACAGAUCGGAGCAGUCCAGCGAGCUGGAUGACAUCCUGGACGACCUGCAGAACAGUCAGCCGCAGCUCUUCUCUCAGACGCGGCCCGUGUCGCUGCCGGCCGCCGUGGACAAGCAGUCCAUCAUCAACGACAUCCUGCAGAUGACGGGCGAGGGCGGGCCCAGCGCCGCCUCCCUGGGCUCGCAGAAGGGCUUUCCUGGGAUGGGCCCUGGCAACUUCAGCGGGCCCAGGCCGGGGCAGCCGGGCAGAGGGCCGCCGGCGCGGAGCGUGUCCCUGGACAUGAACAUGUCGUCCCAGGCCUCCCCCGGAGCCUUCCCCACGCUGAGGAACAACGGCCCCUACUCCGUCAUGCAGCAGCAAGGCAUGAUGGGAAACCACGGCAUGAUGGCCAACCAGGCCAACCUCGUCGGCGCGGGCAUGCGGGGAGGCGGUGGCCCGCGGUCGGGCCCGCAGCCCGAGGCCUGGGCCUCCCACGCCAGCCAGGCCCUGCCGCAGGGAGCGGGGCCCGGACGCAUGGGGCCCGCAGCGGCCCCCGGGGGCCCCGCCCGGCCCGCCGCUCAGCAGGGACCCAGGCAGAUGCUGCCGGCGCAGAUGAUGGGAAGUGCGCAAUCGGACCUGGACCUGGGCAUGGCCGGCCCCCAGUUCUCCCAGCAGCAGGCCCCGCCCAAUCAGACGGCUCCGUGGCCCGACAGCAUGAUGCCCAUCGAGCAGGGCCCCUUCGGCAACCAGAACAGGGCCGCGUACGGAAACCCCCAGGAGGAGGCGCUGUGUCCGCCGGCGGCCGCAGACGGGCCGGCCGACGAGGGCGCCCUGCUCAGCCAGCUCUACACCGUGCUCAAGGACUUCGACGGGCUGGAGGAGAUCGACCGGGCCCUGGGCAUCCCCGCGUUGGUCAGUCAGGGCCAGCCCGUGGAGCAGGACCAGUUCCCCGGCCAGGACCCCAGCAUGAUGCUGGAGCAGAAGCCCCCCAUGUACGGGCAGCAGUACGCGCCCCCCGCCCACAUGGCGCAGGGCGGCUACGCCCCCAUGCAGGACGCCAGCUUUCACGCCAUGGCGGCCCAGAUGGGCCAGAGGCCGGGGUACCCCAUGCUGAGGCUGCAGCCCCGCCCUGGGCUGAGGCCCGCCGGCGUGGUGCCCAACCAGCCCAACACGCUGCGGCUGCAGCUGCAGCACCGGCUCCAGGCUCAGCAGAAUCGCCAGCCCAUGAUGAACCAGCUCAGCGGGGUGUCUAAUUUGAACCUACCUCUAAGGCCGAACGUACCCAGCCAGGGAACCAUUAAUGCUCAGAUGAUGGCGCAGAGGCAGAGGGAGAUCCUGAGUAACCACCUGCGGCAGAGGCAGCUGGAGCAGCAGCGGCAGCAGCAGCAGGCGCAGCAGCGGAGCCUGCUGAUGCGCGCGCAGGGCCUCAGCCUCCCGCCCAGCAUGGCCGCCGCCGCCGCCGCCGCCGCAGCGUCCGCAGGCAUGCCGGGCGCCAUGAGCAACGCGCGGAUCCCCCAGGCUAACCCCCAGCAGUUCCCCUACCCGCCCAACUACGGUACCGGACUCGCGUCCCCUCCGCCCUCCACCAGCCCCUUCUCCCCAGUGUCCCCCAGCCUCCCCGGGUCACAGCUCCACUCCCACACCUCCUUGCAUGGCUCCCAGAUGAGUCUGGCUAACCAGGGAAUGAUGGGAAAUAUGGGCGCGCAGUUUGGGCCUGUAAUGAGUCCCCAAAUGCAGCACAGUGCCUUCCAGUUUCCCAGCUCAGGUAUGAAUCAGCAGCCUGACGCGGGGUUCGGAGGAGCCACCACCCCCCAGAGCCCCCUGAUGUCCCCCAGGAUGGGCCACGCCCAGAGCCCCAUGAUCCAGCAGCCGCAGGCCAACGCUAACUUCCAGUCCUCGUCCGACAUGAACGGCUGGCCCCAAGGGAACAUGAGCGGGAACAUGAACGCCAACAUGAGCGGGAACAUGAGCGGGAACAGCAUGUUCACACAACAGUCGCCGCCUCAGUUUGCUCAGCAGCCCAACGCCAGCAACAUGUACAGCAGCAACGGCAUGAGCAUCAACGUGUCCAUGGCCGCCAACUCCAGCAGCAUGAACAAUAUGAACCAGAUGUCGGGGCAGAUGAGCGUGACCUCUAUGACCUCUGUGCCUACAUCAGGGCUGUCCUCAAUGGGCCCUGAGCAGAAGUAUUGUUGACUGCGGUCACUGGUGGAACAUCAGCUCUGCAACAUGGGGCAGGAGGUCUGUGUCUGUCCGACGGAAAAACUCGAACCCGACGGUCUGCGGUCGGAGGAGACCAGCUCCACCGCAUGUCCGGACCUCCUGCGCCUCCUCCUCUCCCAGGGAGGCGCUGGGAGGCGAUGGCCCAGACUCGCACCCUCUGCACUCACCUUCACAUCCCCGAAAGCCAGACAGUCUGUUAAUCGCAUUCACCGUAGUGUGGCUUAGGUCUGCCCCCGAAUGACAGAAGCUUGGUCGUGGCCCUGGGACCCUCGUCAAAUGAAUGUAUUCCUUUCUGGGGACGAUGGCCACACGCUCUGUCUCAUCUGAAAAUCUGAACAGUUUCUGCUUUUAUCCCGUUUUUUUUUUCUUCUGUUCCAUAUUAGGGGUGAAGACGAGAAAAUACAUUUGAAUUCUUUGACAGUGUUCCAAAUUGUAUCAAUUUUCUCCUUUUUUUUUGCCUUUAGUGUGAAAUUAAGAUAUUAGAAUGAAGUUUAAAUGGUUUCUAAAUUAAUCAUGAGAGAAACACAAAUGGUUUAAAGAGCAUAAACAAAUUUGUAAAGUUGUUCUAAUAGUUUGUACUAUAAGACUAAACUAGUCUAAAGAGAGGCUUAUAGUGUAUUAAAUUAAGUUUUAUUCUUAUGUAUAGUUUUCUCUUCAUUUUUUAAACCAUUACUUUAUGAAAUUGUCACUGGUGAAAAAUAAAACAUUAUGAAUUGGCAGGGGUGCUCAAGAAAGUACUGUUGUGUUUUGAACCCUAGAAUGGUUCUUUUGGAAAUGUGCUAAUAUUGUAAUGGAAAUUAAUAUUUUUAUUUUUUGUUUUGUUUUGUUUUUUUGGUCCAGUAGAUUCAGAAACGGUUUUAAACUUAUCUUAUGGUUAGAAACAUGAAAUAUUGAUAGGCUGUACAUACCAAUUAAUUUUUUUUUUUUUUUUUCUGGUCUGGUCUUAAACUGGUUCUGAAAUAAGAAUGCUGUUUCACAAGUUGGAGGUGGUGAGAGGCUGAACUCUCAUGGUUGCUUCUGUUUCCAAUGGUACUGGUGGGUGGGUGGGAUGGUGGGGUGAAGAUUUAUUCACAAAAGACUAUUUUUAUUGGGGAGGGGUAUGCAGUGUACACAGUGUAUAGAUUAUCGCUUGCUUCUAAGCCUUUAGCAUAGAAACCAUGAAAGAAAGGAAAAACACAACACAGCCAUAACCCAAUACUGAAGUGUGCUUUUUUGUCAUUUGGAGUGAAGUGCUAGAUACAAGCUGCUAGGUACAAACUGUUCUGGUGUGUGUAACCAAGCAAUAACUAUUACUUGAGAAUCUUUUGUUUUAUAAUUUUUGUACAGUUUUCUGGAGGUGCAUUUUGCUCCUUUGUUUGAUUCAGUAUUAAAACUCUUGACACUUUUUUAUUGCAGUUUGUAUUAAAAAAGUCCAAAUCGACACGUACCUCUGUCAUUACGAGCAGCAUUUUUGGGGGACAGUGCUAGGAGUUACAUAGCCAACUUCUGGGUAUUACCGGUAUUUUGUAGUCAAGACGUUUGCCCUACCAUGUUCACUCUCAACUCAAGCCCUGAAUCCCUGAGCAAUUGGGUCUCCCAAGAGAGGCUGAACCAGGUUUACUACAAUUCCCAGAGCUGCCUCAACAGGCCGUUCAUCACACUCUAAGACCCGAAACGGUCGUGCUCAUUUCAUCUCAGCCUAUUGCCGUUCCCUCCUUCCUGUCGGCGUACCCACUUCCUGUGUCCCAGCGCCGUGCCAGCAGUUUGACUUCAGCUUUGCAGUUCCCCCAAAGAUGUUCUGACAAGCCAACCAAAUUUUCCGCCCCUUUUGUUUUAAUUAUUCAAAUUUGGGCGAAUCAGUUUUCAGGCUUUCCAGCCCUGUCAUGGCUAAUAUGAAGGAUCCUUACUAUAUAUAUAUAUUUAUUUGCUUUCCAGGUAAGAUAUUCGGCCCAAUACCUUCUAUGCUCUCUGCCUCUAAAAAUCAUGCAGUGUUUUUAUUUUUCUGUCUAAAUGGAGAAGUGCAGUGGCAAAAUGUUAAAAGUCCCUGUGGUCUUGAGUGAAUGGAUGAACUGGAGUGAAUGUGGAGGCUCGCCCAACACAUUAUGUUUGCUGGAGAUACUGUGAUUGUCAGAAUAUACCUGAUCUAGUAGGUAUAGCUUUAGCCGCCCUUUAUGAAUAAUGGACACUACUUGCAAUCUUCAAAGCUAAGGUUCUUACAUGGAAUUUCAUGAGUGGUUAACUUUUUCCACAAGUGACAAGCUUUAUCUUGCAAAAAUAUAAUUGGAGAUAUUUUGUCAUGCAGUUGAUUAAUUACCUUUUUUUUUUUUUACAAUCUUUGGGUGUUCUGAAUUAGUAAGUAAAAAUGAAUGAAAAUACACAUCUUGGAACAGCCAAUUUUAGCAAAGUGAGUGUAACGCUCCCCGUGCAAAAUCCAAAGAAUUGCAUCAGUUUUGAAACUAAACAUAAGCCAUGACAUGUUCGUGUGGUUCAAUAACCUUUUCUAGUGUUUGUAUCUGGGCAAUUGUGACUUAGAAAAACUGCCUCCAACAACAACAAAAAAAAAUAUCAUACAGGCUUUGAUUAAAAUCAACAAACUUUUGUCUCUACUUUUGGUUUUCAUUUUGGAAAUUUUUAAAUUUCUUUCUUUUGUAUAGUCUGCCAAUUUCUUAGAGCUAAAUGCAAGAACCUUGAAAUGCUGAAACCUAGCAUAAUGCCUUAGAUCUGAUUUUCUGUCUUGUAUAUUACUAUAAAGUUGUCAGUUGUAUUAUAUUUGUAUAGUGAAUUGCGUACAAUACCGGACAAGUGCAUCAUCAAUCAAACUUGUAUUUGUUGCUGGAUACAGAUUUAAGGGCCUGCUCUAUGGCAGAUUCAGCUCCUUAUCACUGCUCAUUCUCCAUGUAUUAUUUGUGAUCAGUUUGUGGGUUAUAUUAUUUGUACAAUUGUUUCUCAUUUACUGUUUGUGAGGUUUGUAUGAAAAAGAUGAUGCAAUGGUAAAUCUAAGCAAUAUGUAAAAUAUCUGGACUUUCUGGAGAAAGCUUACAGUGUUUGCAGGCUCUGAGAUGUAUUUUUCCAGCCGUGUUGUUCACAUUAAACAUCACCUCGUUCACCUGCAUCGAUGUUUGUAAUCUUAGUGUGAGCAUUUUAUGCAAAGUUAGAUAUACUGAGAGAAAUUUAAACACAUUUAUGCAAGUUGUUGACUAAUAUUGCUUUGCUGAUGCUAUUUGCUAUUUGAUGUUAAAUAAUACCAUUGUAAAUAAAGAAUUCUGUUAUUGCAACCUUUAA